AGAGCAACAACAACAACGCACCAACGACGCUUACAGGUGUUUUGAAUGCUACAAGAAUGCCGCUGCUCUGCUACCAAGUGGGGGGCGUAAAAGUGGUAGUUUGAGGUCUAAAAGAGAGCGAGAGAGCGUAUGUGAGCACAUUUUAAGGAUUUUCGCCGCGCCAUUAAGAGCUUUUCUGUCACUUUUCACUGGCUAUGUGCUGUUCGCAAGGCAUGUGGCAAAAGCUCUUUUAUGCGCUGCAUGUUGCUGUUGUUGCUGCAGCAAAGUGAAAGCAUUUGGCUCGACUUUGCUCGGUGUUUUCCUACCUUCACGGUGGAAAUUGCUUCAGUUUUGUUUGAACAUUCGGUGCGCACAGUACGUCUUGUGGCAGUGAACGCGCGACGAAUAUAUUUUGAAUUUGUUGAAUUUUUGAGAUUCAAUCUCAAGUGUCUACAUACAUACAUAUAAACUGAAAUAGACAUUAACAACAACAGUAGAUAUAAAAUACAAUAAAUAACCAACAACAUGUAAACUCAACCAUCAGUGAACAAAUCCGCCAACUUUGUAUUAAAGUGGUUUUUGUUGUUGUUUUUUGUUUUGGAAAAAUUCAAGUGUUUUUUUUAAGUGUUUUGCAAAAUGUUGCCCAAGCAUUUGCAGCAAGUUUGUGAGCUAGACUCGAAAGAUUGAAGUGGCAGUGCAAACAAAAAAACAAACAACGAAAAGAAAAACAAAAAAAAAAUAGAAUUUGUGAAAUAUUGAAAGUAAAUAAAUAAAUAAUAAUGCCCCAAAAGGCCGUGUGAAUCAAACACAUUAAAUACAUUAAAUAAAAAGUGAUGAACAAUACAAAAGAAAUCGUGCAAAAUAAUUUAAAAGCUCAAAAAAACAAAAUUUUCAACAAAAGCUUACAGCUUUUUGCUGCGUAAAAUAAUACGACACAACAGUAUAAGAUUAAUAUAUGUAAAUAGCGAUUAAUAUUUUCUGCGUGUUUCCCCAUUUGCUUUCGUUGUUUCGUGGAGUCCUGUGUACAAAUGACGUGAAGACAAUCAAAAUCAAAAGGCGAACAAAUUGCACGAUAAAUAAAGCAACAACAACGAUUUACCGCUAAAUAUACCCAUAAGACGUCGGAAUCACCUCGGCCAAGACAUCUGAGCAGCGAUUAACCAACGUCCAUGCUCACACGUAUAACAACAACAAAAAGCAAUACACACAACAACAAGUGGUCAGAAAUUAGCCAGUAUUGAAGCCGACCAAUGACUUCUUCAAAGGAGCGCUGCCCAGAAGCAAAGUAAUCGAAGCGCAAAUCCACAGUGAGUCGUUGCCACGAAAAUGGGAUUUGAAGUUACCAAAGUGGCAGCUGUUAAUUUCGCCCAGCAAAAGCAUAAUGAUGUUCGCCGCAAAUGUGUUGCCUAUUUAAUAGCCGCUUAUCGUUGGGCAUUGCCGGUAAUUUGUGCGACGCAUCGCAACGAGUGCGGAGUCUUUAGAGUCAAAGUCGAAGUGAACGAAGCAAAUGAACCGUUACUUACUUAUUGCAAAACUGAAAGGGACACUCUAGCUGACAACGUUAAUAACGGUAAUCAGAACAACAUCAACCGCAACAGCAACAACAACACAAGUUGUGACAGCAAUAACAACAGCGCGACGAAUUACAACAUGCGCUCACGGGAACAACAACAACAAGAAGAACCAGAAAAACAGCAAAAGCAAUAUAGACGAGAAGUCAAAAAAAGUAGAAAUCAGAAAUUUACAUUAAGGCCACGUAGUGCUCAUCAACAUCCGCCCAAAAAGCAUAAAUACCAGCUAGUGUUGAAUAACAGUUAAAGUGCUGUUAUUGUGCGGACAGCCAACAAAAUAGUCAAAUAACGGAAACGAUACAGUAAAUUACAGUACAUAAAUACAGUUGAAACACAAAAUCAAACCAAAAAAGAAAACAGAGAAAGCAGGGAGGGAAGCAAGCAAAUCAGCCACUCAAAGAGAGUCUGCAAUUAAAUAAGCAACAAAAACGUAAAACAGAGUUAACGGUACAUACGCCUAUAGAAGGCGUAAUUAACAGUUGAAGAACGUGAGAAGGACUGCAGAAAACGUCUGACCGCAAAAUGCAACGACUGCGUACGACUUUCACGCGUUCGCGCACACCCACCGGUGCUGAGAUGAAGACUCAAAACAGUCUCGAGGUGCCGAAACAGGUGCGUUCCGCUUCGUUUGACGAAAUGCAAUUAGAGGCGCAACGCGUCUCGUCCCACCUGCUCAAGCAGCAAUCAUCGUCUUCGACGGACGACCGUUCGCUGGACACAGGUCUGCUGCAGGUGCCGCAGGCCGCACACACGCAACGUUCGCAUUCCUUCGACUCGGCGGCGGCUUCCGCGGGCAGCGAUGACUCGGGUACAUUCUUGGAGGUGCCGCGGCGCAGCAAGACACGUCGCAGUUCGUCAACGAAAACGCCACCACCUUGCGUGCACUGCAUGUAUUUGGAGGAGUAUUUGAAGCAGCAGAAGGCAGAACAGCGUUACAUAACGGUUGGCGAUCGACGUGAAUCGAUAUCGCUGUCAUACGGUUACAGCAGUUCCGACGAUGAUACAGACAUCGAUGGUGCGAGUGUCACUGCGGACGAUGAGGUGGUGGAGGAGGAAGAGGACGAUGAGGAGGACGCCGCCACUGGUGAUGGCACCGAAACUGGCGGUGGUUCAUACGAAUACGACGAUGCCGCACUGGAGAUGGACAUACGUUUGGGCGGGUUGAGCACGGGCAGCAGCAUUGAGGAGUCACGUGCACGUCUGCCACGUCAAAUGCGUCGACACACUAUAGGCAGCUCGGUGACAACAUCCGAAGAUGAGGGACUGGAAGAGUCCGAACACGAUUCACCGCACUUUGGUAAUACGUUGCUGCCACCUUUGUCGACGACACCUUGCGGCAUCACAUUUACACUUUCGCCCACGAAUGGCGAUUGCCCGCCCUUUCCGUAUGCUUUCCCCAUCGAUCCCGGCUCGCCACCACCUUCACCAUCUAUUUCGCUGUCGGUGUGCGAUAGUCCGUUGAUGGAAUUGCCACCACCACCACCCAUAUCGCCGCUUGAACUGUUGCCUCAUUCACCCACCUUUGAUUUGCCAUUGCCGCCGCCACCCGGUUUCAGUAGCCGGCUGAGCGCAGCGGAUGCAGAUGACGCGGCAGCAGUACCGCCUUCACCGACCACCAUGCGUCCACGUCGUCGCUCCAUCUCACGGCAAGAAGCGAUUUUUGUUGAGCCGACCGGCAAUUCGCUGGAAAAUGUGUCACAGGGCGAGGAUAUCAAGUCGUCCGUGGAGGCGGUGGAUUCCGUGGAUGAGGCGUCCACAGUGGCUACUUGUGGCUCGCCAACAGCAGCUAAACAUGCGCUGGUCGUACGUGAUAUUUAUCUAACUGUACCUGAUUUGAAGCGCGACCGUGCCGCCUCGGUGGAUUCGUGCUUUUCGAAAAUGUCGUCGGCCGGCAAAACGGAGGAGCUGCAGCCCAGCGAGGAUGGCUGUUUCCUCACCGUGCCGAAUAUAAAUGCGACACGUUCGCGUUCUGUGGACAUUGUGCUGCCGACGGACGAGCAGGCACGCUACAAAGCUCUCGCCAUGACGGGCGCUUGCCGAGAUGGACGCUCUGCGUCGGCGAGUAAUGCCCGCCGGCCGAUACGGAUUGUGCCCGACUGGACGGAGAACGCGGUGCAGGGCGAACACUUCUGGAAGCCGACGUCGGCGUCCGGGGAUCUCUGCUGCUUGAACGAGGAGUGCAUCAAAAGUGGUCAACGGAUGAAGUGCUCGGCUUGCCAAUUAAUUGCGCAUCAAAAUUGCAUUCCAAUCGUCAAUGAAAAGACUCAAUUAGCCUGUAAGCCAACAUUUCGGGACGUGGGCAUAAGACAAUACCGGGAGCAAUCGACGACGCAUCAUCACUGGGUCCAUCGCAAAAUGGAGAAGGGCAAGUGCAAGCAGUGCGGCAAGGCUGUGCAGGGUAAACUGUUUGGUUCCAAGGAAAUAGUGGCACUGUCCUGCGCGUGGUGUCACGAAGUCUACCACAACAAGGAAUCCUGCUUUAAUCAAGCCAAAAUCGGCGAAGAGUGCACGUUGGGCAAUUACGCGCCAAUUAUUGUGCCACCCUCGUGGAUCGUCAAGUUGCCAACUAAAGGUAAUUUUAAAUCCUCCAUACGAGUAAAUAACAAAACCAAUGUGACCAUAGCCAGCAGUAAGAGUAAGAAGGGUACGACUAAACGUCAAAAGCAAAAGGAGGAGAAGAAGGAGCCACGUGCUUUCAUCGUCAAGCCCAUACCAUCGCCCGACGUCAUACCCGUGAUUGUGUUCAUCAAUCCCAAAUCGGGCGGCAAUCAAGGCGUCAAGCUAUUGGGUAAAUUCCAGCAUCUGCUGAAUCCGCGACAAGUUUUCGAUUUAACGCAAGGUGGACCAAAGAUGGGCUUGGAGCUAUUCCGUAAGGCGCCUAACUUGCGCGUGUUGGCGUGUGGCGGUGACGGUACCGUUGGUUGGGUACUCUCUGUGCUGGACAUGUUGAACCCACCUAUAACACCGCCGCCAGCUGUGGGUGUGCUGCCCUUGGGCACUGGCAAUGAUCUCGCACGCGCACUCGGUUGGGGUGGUGGCUACACCGACGAGCCGGUCAGCAAGAUAUUACGGGAAAUCGGCAUGUCGCAGUGUAUGCUAAUGGAUCGCUGGCGUCUGAAUGUGACGCCCAAUCGCGAGGUGGAAGACGACAAUGUCGGCCGCAGCAAGGACAAUGUACCGUUGAACGUGAUGAAUAACUACUACUCCUUCGGCGUCGAUGCACACAUCGCACUCGAGUUCCAUGAGGCGCGCGAAGCUCAUCCCGAGCGUUUCAACUCGCGUCUGCGCAACAAGAUGUACUAUGGGCAAAUGGGCGGCAAGGAUCUGAUCUUGCGACAGUAUCGGAAUCUCUCACAGUGGGUGACGCUCGAGUGCGACGGCACGGAUUUCACGGGUAAACUGCGCGACGCCGGCUGCCACGCAGUGCUCUUUCUGAAUAUUGGCAGCUAUGGCGGCGGCACCCAUCCCUGGAACGACUCGUUCGGCCAAUCUAAGCCCGCCAUCGAUGACGGCAUGAUGGAGGUGGUGGGCCUGACCACAUACCAACUGCCCAUGCUGCAGGCGGGCCUGCACGGCACCUGCAUUUGUCAGUGUCGGUCGGCGCGCAUCGUCACCAAAAAGACAAUCCCGAUGCAGGUGGACGGCGAGGCGUGCCGCGUGAAGCCAUCAAUUAUCGAAAUGACUUUGUUGAACAAGGCGGUUAUGCUGGCCAAACGCAAGCACGGACGUGGCGAUGUGCAAGUUAAUCCAUUGGAGAAGCUACAUUUAACGAUUUUGCGCAUCACAAUGCAACAGUAUGAGCAAUACCACUACGACAAGGACAUGCUGCGCAAAUUGGCCAAUAAAUUGGGCAAAAUGGAGAUCGAGUCGCAGUGCGAUUUGGAGCAGGUGCGCAACAUGCUCAAUGCAAAGUUCGAGGAAUCGAUCACAUAUCCGAAGGUCUCGCAGGAUUGGUGCUUCAUCGAUUCCUGCACCGCGGAGCACUACUUCCGCAUCGAUCGCGCCCAAGAGCAUCUGCACUACAUUUGUGAUAUUGCCAUCGACGAGUUGUACAUACUGGACCACGAAGCCGCCACCAUGCCACAGACGCCCGAUCAGGAGCGCUCCUUCUCGGCUUACUCACAGCGCAUUGGCGCACAAAACGAGCGCCGCAGCAACAUGGAUCAGCAAGGCCGCUCCGGCAGCACCGACGAUGAUUUGCAAAUCGGAAAACCCAUCAAAGUUAUGAAGUGGAAGAGCAAUAAAGAUCGGUUAUUCAGUUUCAACGAAGACGUCUUCGGUUACGGAUUCAGCUCUAUACUGGAACAAACUUCCGAUGCCAUACUACUAGCGGCGCACCAAGGCGACCUGAAUAUGUUACGUGCACUACAUGAACAAGGAUACUCACUACAAUCAGUAAACAAGAACGGACAGACAGCACUGCAUUUCGCCUGCAAAUACAAUCACAAAGACAUUGUCAGAUACAUAAUAUCGUGUGCCUCACGACGUCUGAUCAAUUUGGCAGACAAAGAUAGGGGACAAACAGCACUACACAUUGCCGCCGAGCACAAUCGACGCGACAUUUGUGUAAUGCUCGUGGCUGCUGGCGCCAAUUUACAAGCACGCGACCUAUGCGGCAAUACGCCGAUGAUGGUGGCCUUCAAUAAGAAUUCUACGGAGAUUGCGACAUAUUUGGAAAGUAAGACGCUGUGCGCCGCAAUACAUACAACAACUGUUUUGCCAAAAAAACGCAAUAAAAUGCAAACACAACAACAACAACAACAGCCGUAAUUGUGCAGCUAUGCAGUAGAUGAAACGCUUGGCAGCCACAAACACACAAACACACACACACAUAUACAUACAUAUAAAGAAUUAGUAAUAGUAAACCCCUUAGUCACGAUUGAGUCAAGAGCGUUUUCUCGCAAUGCAGCGACAGUCGCGCAAUUAAAGCGGCGCCUGAAUGUAUGCAACCAUAAACAUUAAGUGAAAACCCCCUUAAAAAUCUAGCUUUAAGUAAUUAGUAUAUUAACUUUUAACAAAUAUGUAAGUUAAUAAGUAUUAGAAAGAAAUGCAUGCAAGAGUCUCGCUGAACCUUAGGCACCGAGACUAUUUAUGCUUAGAAACUUGUAGUAGCAAUCAAUUCAUAUUGUGGGAGAAUACAUUUUAAUUAUUUAUUAUUGUAGUUAGAUUUACGGCAUGCUUAACGGGUUUCUCGAGUAUUUACAAAGAAUUCACCUAAUAAAUAAAGUGACUCAAUUAAUUUUCGAAUUGGUUUUGCAUAAAAUCGUGUCUCGUCUGUCCAACCAACGCAACGGCGAACACAGAUUCACACAUGUUAGCCACAACAAGUAUUUGAAGCGUGUCCAAAGUAGUAAUAUUGUCACAACAACAACUUAAGACAUAAGACAAAUUACAAUCAAUUGGAAAUAAUAAAUAUUACAAAAUUAUUUGAAUUAAUUAAAUCAUAAUUGCGGAAUAAAAAAUAAGUUAGUUGCAAGGAAAAUAUUAAAAUAAAAAAAAACAUUUUCAAGCAACAAAAACAACAAAAAUGUAGAACGCAACUAGAAAAGAGCGUAGAAGAAAUUCAAUUGUGAUAUGAGAAUUAUUAUGAAUAUUCUGUGAAAGUAGAAAAAAAAAUUAAAAAUUGAUAAAAUAUUAAAUGAUCGAGUUGGGUGGCAAUGGAAAGUGAAAUUUAUGAAAAAUGCAUAUUUAUGUACACUAAUGGUGAAUUAACCUAUAAAGCUCAUGUUACUUCUAGAAUAAAAAACAAAUCGAAUACAAUUGUAGUAAUUUUAAGUGAAAAUUAAUACGUCAACAAUUAAAUUAUAAAACUGUAGCCUUAAACACACACACUCACACUCAAAUUGAUAGAUAUUCUAAUGUAAAUAUUCAUGUAAAUAAGUAAUACUCAACGAACUGUAAGACAAAAUGCUGUAAGAACACACUUUCGUUUCGAAUUUCGAAUUGCUUUUAUCAAACAUGAAUUCAAAAUAAAAACAAACAAACAAAAUACACAGAAAUAUUUUUAUUCUCUUUUAACCUGUUUUUUUUUAUUAUUUUCAAUUUAUUUUCAUUUUUAUUAUUAUUAUUAUUUUCUUUGUUUUACUUGGUCUUGAAACUUGGUACUUGAAAAUUAUAAUCACAUAAUUUUUAUUUUUUAACAACGAAAAAAUCUAUUUUGUUGUUGUAGUGACAAAAAGUCAAAAAUGUUUGUAAAAUUCUGCCGAAUUAAUUUAUGUUCGUGGUUGAAUGUAAAUCCGUUUUCAUUCUAGUUUGGAAGUGCCGACUGUCUUGGAAACGUUGAAAAACACAAAGUUUGCUGGCAGUUCUUACUUAACUACUUGAUACCUUCAUCAUUAAGAAAUCAAAACUUUCAGUUCUCACCUCUGGCAACACAGCUGGAAUUUUAUUUCAAAUAAAGUCCACUUUAGAAUAAUUUAUAUGUAUAAACAGUUCUUAAUUAUACUUAUUUAUGGGAUGCGUGUCUAUAAUAUAACCAAACAGUAGCUCGUUGGACUUAGAAAGCGGUUACCGCAUUGUGGCCUUCCGAACGGGAAACCAUUAAAAGGAACUUUAUAUGAUUUCUUGGAAGUUUGAAAUGUAAUAUUUUGUACACUGCUUAUUCACUAUGAACUAUAUAAAUAAAUGAAUAAAUAUUUAUUUCAAAUAAUUACACAUACACUCAUUAUAUUUUCAUGAAAUUUAAUUAUGGGUUUUUAUAAUUAGACAGAUUAUAAAUAUAUUAAAAUUAAAAAACAAAAAAAUUACACAAUAUAAUUUUUUUAAAUAUAUAUAUAAUAAUGUAAAUGUUUUUUUAUUUACAUAAGCCGAAUAUCAUACUAACAAAACAAAAUAACACACACCAAAUUCAAUACACUCACAACUUAGCCUAGACUUAUUACUAAAUUAUAAAUAUUUCAAAAUAAAAUAAAUAUAUGUAAUUUUGAAAAUAUUGAAAAAUAAGUCAUAAUUCAUUCAUAUUUUUAGAUCAUUAGUAGCAUUUGCAACAUUUUUUUCACAUUCAAAACAUUUGUAUGAGCAAACUUAAGUUUUGCUUUCAUAAUUCUUUUACAAAUACAAUUAAUACAUAGAAAUUAGAUUCAUGUUUAACAUUAGUAGCCGCAUAAGGUAGUAAUCAAGUCAAUUAAUUCAUAAUAUUUAAAUAAUUUAUUUCGUAAUAUUAAACAAGCAAAGCGUUUAGCUUGAAAAUGUGCUUUCUUAGCAUAUUUGCUUGCGUAUGAUACGCAUAUAUGUAUGUAAGUAUGUGUGAGAAGAUUUUCUGAAAAAAAAAUUGAAGAUACUACGGGUCGCAGCAUACAAAUAUGCUAAGGAAAAAUCAAAAUAAAUAAAAAAAUCACAAAAAUGGUAUUUAUGUUUUGGAUUUCAUUAAAUAUCAUUAAAUAUCAAUGCAAACACAAUUUAUUGCAUUUUUAUUCAAGCCCCUUAAAUUUGCAAUAAAUUGUUAACGAUUAUGCUAGAGUUAAAAAUUUAAUAAUAAUAAUAAUAUUAUAAUUUUUAUAAAAUGAAAAUAAAAAUAAAAUUACAUGUUUUUUUAUUUUAUUAAAAAAACACAACCUCAAAUUGUAAGAGGAAAUUGCAAUAAUUAAAAAUACAACUAUUUAUAGAGUAUUUGGUGAAUUGAAAAAGGAAAUAAUUAUUAUAUUUAUUAAUAAAAACUAGUUACUUAAAUAUUAUAAAAAAAAUAAAAUCAAAUGCAACUGAAAGGCAACUGACAAUCUUCACUUGUACACAUGUACACACACACAUGCACACUUAAACCCUUAUCGAUGACAAGUUAAACGCACUAUUACUUUGCAUUAAAAUUGAAAUUGAAGAAAUGUUUAACAUUUAUUAAAAAAGUAAGCACAGCUAGCUUUAGGAAAAAUAGUAAUAAGCAACAUAAAACACACAGAAAUAUAGUAAGCAAUGACAUUUUCUUUGAUUUUCAACAAUAAUUGAAAAUAAAAAAUAUGCACACAUGUGUAAUUACUAAAUAAUUAUUUCUGCACUUCUGUAAAAUUAGCAAAAGCAAAAGCAGUCAUUGAACUAUUUAAACAAAAUAAAAUGAAUAGAUUUGCUUGUAUAAGCAUAGAUAUACAAAUAAAAACACAGUUACUUUAUUAACGCCAAUUGGCAAUGUACAUACAUAUAUAAAUAUAUAAAUAUUAUAUGAAUCGACUAUGGAACACAUAGGGUAACGAACAUAGAAUACUAGCUUCACAUAUAAACAAACUUGUUUAAAGUAGAAGAAAAUAAAAAAAAUAAAAUUAAUUUGCUAUCGACCAAAAACUAAAACUACUAUACAUACAUAUAUAUAUACUAUUUGCACGUAGUACAUACUCCAAAAAUAAUUUAAAAAAAAAACUUGAAACGAAAGUCUUAUGAUUCCUAGUUAUGUAAGUCUAAUAUUAAUUGAAAAUCAUUAAUAUGAUAUUAUUCCAAUUAUUUAAUUAUUUACUUUGCCGUUUUCAAGCUGCGUACUUGUGUGUAUGUAUUAAAUAUAUUAAGCUAACAUUAUUCAAAAUAAUAAAAAAAUUAUUUAAUCUAACACUAAGUAGUAAUACGCUGUAACGGUUUAUUGUAAAUAUUUAUUCAAAGUGCAACUGGUAUAUUGUAGCUGAUUUGAAUGCUAUUAGUAUACAUACAUGCAUAUGUAAUCUAUGCUGUACGAAUAUUAUGAUUUAUGAACUCACAGGUUCACCUCGAGUGAGCUUACUUGCUGAAAUUUAUCACUUGCGGAUUGUGCUGAGAUUAUAAAGCCAAGCAUCUACAUAUUUACUUAUAUAUAAAAGAACUCUAAUGACCUUGGUGUUGUUGCAAAGACAUAGAACAUUCCGUAGUACAAGCAUUGUGAAGACAAUUAAAUGAGAGUCACUGGAUACAACUUAUGUCCAAAUCGCGUAUAUACAUAUGUGCGCAUGAAAGCGCCUAUCAGAGCUUAUCUAUCCAUAGAGCAAGCACUUAGUUGGUCGAAUGAAAUAUGUUUUUGUUAAUCAGCAUCACUCGAUGAUUCUGAAGAACCGACUUUUCAACUAAUUUCCCAAUUCUCAGCACAUAUUUUUUUACUAAAGUAUAACUCAAGUCUGACAACUGAAAUUGAGACAAUUUUUCAAAAUACAUACUCGUAUAUGAACGAAGAAGUUGAAACGAAUUAGCAACUAGUCACUAUGAGUACGAGCGCCCAUUUGGUAGCUGCUCGUACAUACAUACAACAUUUAAUGUGUAAUUUAUUAUAGAAUUAUGUAAAUAGAAGUUAAAAAAAAAAUAAGAAAAACUUACAAUUGCAAAGCUAGAAAACAAAAAUUGAAGUUUAAACUAAACAACGCACUGCAAGCACUGAGGAAUUUGAUUCAAUUUUAAUGUUAGUCUGUACUUAAAAUGUAACGAAGCAAGAAAGUCGGGAAGUCGCAUUUCAGUAUAAAAAAAAAACAAAAAAAACACUGAGAAACAGUUAUUUAUUAUAAAUUUAUUUUUAAUGUACUCAUAUAUGAAAUGUUUAAAUUAGACUCUGUAAAAUACUCCAUGUGCCUCUUCUCCCUUUUCCGUUCCACAAACCACCAAUGGUCACCAAUGCGCUCUUGGAUGUGCUAAUGCAUUGGCUCCGCAUAGCAACACUCCUUCGAGUGCAUACAACAACCACUACACACACACAUGUAUUAUUAUAUUUGUUUACUUGGAAUACUUUCGACUCAAAUAACAUACAUACAUACAUACACAUAACUAGUAAGCCUAAAAGACUUCUCUUUAUUAAACAAAAACAAAAAAAAAAAAAUACUCGAAUAAUUAAUGUAAGAAAUAUAAAUUUCGGCAAAUUCUAUAUUUAAAAAUCAAAUGCAA